CACCAAACCAACCAAAAAUCACUUCCCUUCUCUCUCCUCUUCUUCUUCCUCUUCCUCUUACGAUCAGCGCUCGUGAAGAACGUUAGACGCGGUCUGAGAAGCGCCGUUAUUGCAGUCUAACGCAUGCCACCCCCACUCCGCUCACGCCGUUAGCGUUUUCUCCGGAUUUCUGUCAAAUACACCCGAUAUUUUGACCAGGAAAAUCACGAUUAAUUGCACCUAAUGUAUCGCGUUGCAGCGGAGAAUAUAUCACCAGAGAGAGACGCUUCCGCUUUCUACGCACAUUCCAUGGAACUUUCCUCGGGACUCUCUCGCGACACCGCUGCUUCGACUUUGCCGACGCUUGGACAGUUGCUGAAGCAAGUUGGGGAUGUACGGGAGGAGGCCACCGGUGGUGAUGAGACUCCGGGGCAUGAUCAGGUCCUCGUCGACGUUGGCGAGCCGCGGUCGAUUCCGUUCGUGUUGUCUUUCAACAACCUUACUUACAGUGUUAAGGUUCGCCGGAAGAUAGCGCUCCCGGCUAUCAUGAGGGGGCAGCGGCGGCCGUCACCUACCGAGGUGGAUUCCCUCGAUGGGGAGAGUUUUUCCACGAAGACGAAGACGCUACUCAAUGACAUCUCCGGUGAGGCGCGUGAUGGGGAGAUUCUCGCCGUGCUCGGUGCUAGUGGGUCCGGGAAAUCAACGCUAAUCGACGCGUUGGCGAAUAGAAUUGUGAAAGAGAGCUUGAAAGGGACUGUGACUCUAAACGGCGAAGUGUUGGAGUCGCGGAUGCAGAAAGUUAUAUCGGCUUAUGUGAUGCAAGAUGAUUUGCUCUUUCCGAUGCUUACGGUGGAAGAAACCUUAAUGUUCGCUGCUGAAUUCCGACUCCCUCGCACUUUAUCGAAAUCCAAGAAGAAGAUGCGCGUGCAAGCUCUAAUCGAUCAAUUAGGACUCAGAAAUGCCGCAAAGACCGUCAUCGGAGAUGAAGGCCACCGUGGCGUCUCCGGCGGAGAACGCCGCCGCGUGUCAAUCGGGAUUGAUAUAAUCCACGAUCCCAUUAUUCUGUUUCUGGAUGAACCCACUUCAGGGCUCGACUCAACUAGCGCAUUCAUGGUGGUGAAGGUUCUGCGAAGGAUUGCACAGACUGGGAGCAUAGUGAUGAUGUCCAUUCACCAGCCAAGUUAUCGGAUUAUGGGGCUAUUGGACCGACUGAUAUUUUUGUCUCGUGGGCACACUGUUUAUAGCGGUUCUCCGACCAAUCUGCCUCUGUUUUUCUCCGAUUUCGGGCAUCCAAUUCCAGAAAACGAAGACAAAACGGAGUUCGCCUUGGAUCUAAUACGAGGACUCGAAGGAUCUCCUGGAGGAACAAAAAGUCUGGUGGAGUUCAACAAAUCCUGGCAAAUCAUGAAGAAGCACACAAAUAAUGCCGAUCCCGUCGACCAGCAAGGUCUGUCCCUGAAAGAAGCAAUAAGCGCCAGCAUUUCCAGAGGCAAACUCGUCUCCGGUGCCACCAACAACAACGCAAGCCCCUCUUCCAUGGUCCCAACAUUUGCGAACCCAUUUUGGAAAGAAAUAGCUGUAUUGUCAAAAAGGUCAAUAACCAACAGCCGGAGAAUGCCGGAGCUGUUCGGAAUCAGAUUAGGUGCCGUUUUGGUGACCGGGUUUAUUCUCGCAACAAUGUUUUGGAAGCUCGAUAAUUCCCCCAAAGGAGCACAAGAACGUUUAGGAUUCUUCGCCUUCGCCAUGUCCACCACGUUCUACACCUGCGCCGACGCACUCCCCGUCUUCCUCCAAGAACGGUACAUUUUCAUGAGAGAAACCGCUCACAACGCUUACCGGAGAUCAUCCUACUGCUUAUCCAAUGUCUUCGUCGCUUUACCAGGACUAAUUUUCCUCUCAUUGGCUUUCUCCGCAACCACAUUCUGGGCAGUUGGGCUUGACGGUGGAUUUACCGGAUUCUUGUUUUAUUUCCUAAUUAUCUUUGCAUCAUUCUGGGCCGGAAGUUCGUUCGUCACGUUCCUCUCUGGCGUCGUCCCCCACGUGAUGCUCGGGUACACUAUCGUGGUCGCCAUUUUAGCGUACUUCCUCCUCCUCAGCGGCUUCUUCAUCACCCGCGACCGGAUCCCGUCCUACUGGAUCUGGUUCCACUACAUGUCCCUGGUUAAGUACCCAUACGAGGCAGUCCUGCAGAAUGAGUUCCAGGACCCCACAAAAUGCUUCGUCCGAGGGGUUCAGAUCUUCGACAACACGCCACUGGGGGCAGUUUCAACGUCCUUGAAGGAGAAGCUCUUGGAGAAUAUGAGCAAUACCUUGGGAGUGACAAUUACAAACUCAACGUGCCUGACCACCGGGAGUGAUAUCCUGCAGCAGCAGGCAGUGACUGACCUGAGUAAGUGGAACUGCUUGUGGGUGACGGUGGCGUGGGGAUUCUUUUUCAGGAUCCUGUUUUACUUUUCUUUGUUGCUGGGAAGCAAGAACAAGAGGAGAUGAAGGAAAGGGAAGGGGCUGUUUGGCGGGAAGAGAAAUAUUAUUGUAUCUUUGUUUUUUUCUUUUCUUUUUUUAAUUAUAUCUUCUUGGUGUAUUAAUAUUUCAUGAGUUUGAUUUGUAACUUGAAUUCUUGUUUUGGUUUUUUGGUUUUUUGGUAAAUAGAAGGAUAUUAUUAAAUAAACUGGUUUACAUCAACAGGGUUGAUCAAAAUGAAUUCCAUAUGCAUUAGCACAACAAAAGAAAGCAAUAGAGCGAGGGAGGACAAUGUUCAAAAAUUAAUACAAAAGGGGGAAGUCAGAGAGCUUCCCAUCUUAGCCACAUAAGUAAAACUGCUGGGUAGAG